AUGAAGAUCCUUCCUGGCUGCCUUCAUUUCUACUUCAUUCCUUUCUUACUCAGCGGGGCACAUGGAUUCCUAACGUGGAGAACACCUCCAGCCUUCCUGGUUUACAACUACUCCUAUUCAAAUCUCUCCUCUGUCUCAGAAGCACGGGCUCCAAAAACAGCAAGAGCUCUCAAUUUCUCACACAAUGCCAUUGAAAAAAUUACCAAGGGAGACUUGGAAGGAUUUGACUGGCUGGAAGUUCUGGACUUUUCCUACAAUCGGAUCAGGGCUGUUGAGCCUGGAGCAUUCCAGAGUCUGCUCAGCCUGGCUUCUGUGGAUUUAUCAUUUAAUGAUGAGAAGCUGCUUCUGUCAGAUCUCCCACCCCACCUGAAGCUCUCACCUGCUGGCAAAGCUCCGAGGUCUUUGCAGCUUUCCAGGAAUUCUGUCAGAUCCUCAGGGGCUGCUCUGGAGCCUUCUGCUCCUACAGCAGAGCUGUCACGUUCUGGAGUUCGGUCUCUCCUGCAAAUCCUUAGCCCCAGGCUCAGGAGAAGCCCAGGAAAUUUUCUUAGGAAGGGAGAGAGGAACUCAACAGCCCUUCCCACAGCCACACCUGAGCCCACCCUCUGUGGAACUCCCAUCAAUGGGACACUCAACCUGUCCCACAGCAACCUCACCCAGGACGAGCUGAUGUUAAAAUUGGAUGAGGAUCUCUGCAAAGCCCAGCUGGACGGGAUUUUGGAGCUUGACAUCAGUCACAACAACGUGGAAAUGGAUCUUCUGUAUCUGUUUACCCUGUUCUUCCACAUGGAAAACACGCUGUCCAUCGAUGCCAGCUUCAACAAGUUAACCAUUAACAUCCUGGAUCCUUCGUCCUUCUGUGAGUUCCCAUCCCAUCAGCUUUUGUUCCUGAACAUCAGCAACAACCCCAUCAACAGCCUGGAUACGCUGUGCCUCCCUUCCAGCAUCAAGGAAAUUGAUUUGUCCUUCACCAACAUCAGCCAAAUACCCCCGAAUUUUGCUAAAAAAUUGGUUAACUUGGAAAAAAUGCAUGUUCAAGGCAACCACUUCAUCUACAGAGCGUUCUCAGAAAGCGAGAACGCACUUCCAAUGUGUGUCCCUCCCCCUGGAACUGUGCACAUCAACGCCAUCUCCUUUGUCAGGAAGGAGGUGGGGACACCCAUUGAAAGCCUUCCAGACAAAGUGAAACACCUGGGGAUGUCCAACUGCUCCAUUGUGGAGCUGCCAGAGUGGUUUGCUGACACAGUGGAAGAACUGCUAUUUCUGGACCUCAGCAGCAACUUCAUUUCUGUACUUCCCAAUUUCCCCCCCUCCCUGCAGCAUCUCGACAUCAGCAACAACGACAUCAAAGUCAUCUCCCCCAGCCUGAAAUCCCUCUCCAACCUAACAAUAUUUAGGAUUCAAAGUAACAAAAUUACGGGUGUACACACAGAGCUUUUUCCACCAGCCUUAAAAAAAUGUGAUCUUAGUAAAAACAAGGUGAAGGUGUUGUCCUUAACUUCUGCCCUGGAGAAGCUGGAACACCUCAAUGUUUCUGGGAACCUGAUCACACGUCUGGAGGCUGCUGGCCACCUUCCUGCACUGACCAGCCUGGACAGCAGCCACAACCUGAUCCCAGAGCUGCCCGAUGGCUUCGGGGCAUCCCUCCCAGGGCUGAAGUACUUCAACCUGUCAGGGAAUAAGAUCUCCUUUCUGCAGCGUGGCUCUCUCCCAGCCUCUCUGGUCGAGCUGGACAUCAGCGACAACGCCAUCACCACCAUUGUGGAGGCCACGUUCGGCCCGCUGACGAGCCUCAGGCUUCUGGCUGUGCAAGGGCACCACUAUUUCUGUACCUGUGACCUGUACUGGCUGGUGAACGUCUACCUCCACGAUCCCCAGCUGGAGAUCAGGGGCAGGGGGGCCAUGAGGUGCAGCUUCCCCCCGCAGCGCCGGGGCUCCCUGGUGGGCAGCAGCCGCCUGACACUGCUGCGCUGCUCCCUGGCUGUGCAGCUGGCCGUGACCGCCGCCGCCGCCAGCCUGGCCGUGCUGGCCCUCACCCUGCUCUGCUGGAGGCUGGACGGGCCCUGGUACGUCAGGAUGGGCUGGUACUGGUGCAUGGCCAAGAGGAGGCAGUAUGAGAAGAGGCCAGAGAACAAACUCUUUGAUGCCUUCAUCUCGUACAGCGAGCACGAUGCCGGAUGGACCAAAGAGAACCUGCUGAAAAAGCUGGAAAAUGACGGGUUCAGGAUAUGCUACCAUGAGAGGGAUUUCAAGCCAGGGCAUCCUGUGCUUGGGAACAUUUUUUACUGCAUAGAGAACAGCCAUAAGGUGCUUUUUGUUCUCUCUCCCAGCUUUGUGAACAGCUGCUGGUGCCAGUAUGAGCUGUAUUUUGCCGAACACCGGGUCCUGAACGAAAACCUGGAUUCGCUCAUCAUGAUCGUGCUGGAAGAUCUCCCACCCCACAGCGUCCCACAGAAAUUCAGCAAACUCAGGAAACUGCUGAGAAGGAAAACUUACUUGAAGUGGAGCCCUGAGGAACACAAGCAGAAAAUGUUCUGGCAUCAGCUAAAAGCUGUCCUAAAAACAACCAACGAGCCGCUCGUGAGAGCCGAGAACGGAUCUGCUCUGGAGAUGCAGGAGCUGGAAUGAGACCCACGGAACUCUGAGGGCUGUGCCUGGACAGCCUGUGGUCAGAUAAAAGCAUUUACCUCCUGCAAAGGCUGCUGUGAUGCCCAGGGGUUUGUCUGGGAGACUGCAGCACACUCGUUAUUCCCUCUGAUAAAGAAUCCAGACCCGAGCACUGAUAAAAAGUGAUAAAAAAGAUUUUCCUCCUGGAUGCUUGAAUUUGACCAGCUAUUCCCAGCAUUUCUUUAAGUGCUGUGGAUGUGACCUGAAAGGAAGAACUGCUCAGGUCAUGCUGCAUGUCCUUGCUGCCUUCCUGAGGUGGUGGCAGUGAGGAGUGGUGUCUUAGGACUGAUUCCCAGUUCUGGGACACUUAAGGUGGGAACACGCCCUGUGUGCAGGUAGGAGAGCCACAAACCAUGCUGGUGCACAGGGAGCAGCUCCUUCCUUUGCUUUGGCAAGGGAAGAGUAAAGAUUGACUUAAUUUAGCCCUCUGAGGGAGGCUAAACCCACUCUGCUACAGACUGUGGGUUCAGUGACUGCUGCAAGAGAUGAGACUUGAAAAUCUUUUGUAAAUUCAGAAUAAAAUAUACAACCAGACAGUACAAAAAGGACCAGCUGAGUGUUGUGGUCUUUGCUGUUAAAUGACUGGGGUGAGCCUUGUUUAAUCACAAAUCUCUGGGGAAUAAGCAAGUUGUGUACAUUAUUGUUUAGAUUUAGGAAAGUUCACACAGUCACCCUGACCCACUUCCAGUGGAUUCAGUACUACCUCUGCAUGGGCCUUGCCCUCACUUAGUGCCACUUGAUAAUUUUAUUUAUUGUGCUUGGGAAAAAACAAAAGAAACUCAGCUGAUCCAACUCUCACAUUCAAGGGAAAUCAACAGACUGUGACAGAAAAUAAACACCAGGUGAGGACAAACUAUUUGGUUUAGCAUGACUUGGACUUGCUCCUGUGAUGAGCAAACACAAACAACUUCCCAGCAGAAAAUCCCCAGUCCAGGAAUGCAGCAUGUUUGGAACACAGACUGUGAAAAAUUCCUUUUCCAAUUCCAGUUCCUGGCUCUGCUGUGACAAAACCAGACCAACACCAACCUGUUUGCUGCCAAAAGGGAGAACAUGCAAAAAACAUCUCCACUGACCAAGAUCCCUUGGAACUCAGUGCAAACCCACCUUUCCUCAGCAAAACUAUUUGGCAUCAUCAGCUUUGAGGUUUUGUAUAUGAGGAUAAAACCCACAAUCCUGCAGGCCAGCAGCUGAAAAAGCCAACUCUUCACCACAGAGAUCUAGGGCUUAAAAAGACUGUGAAUUAUAGAAAUAUUAAAUAUUUUUGUUCAUUUAAGCAACCAGAAGUCGCUUGUUAAUGAGAUUAAUGAGCCACAAGUAAUUAAUCAGUUGUUUUUCUAAUAACCUUUAUGCUUUCCUCUUUCUAAAGCACUCAGUGGUCACAUUUCUCACUUCCUCUCUUCCCACAGACAGAGAAGUUGCACAUACAGCAAACCCCCAGAACUGCCUCUUGUAUAUUUUUCCCUCCAGUACGAUUUGUACUGAAGAGAAAUUCAAAUACAGAACAGCCAAACAAGAUCUCUUCAUUAUCUUUUGUGCCUAGUUUAGAAAGAACCACAUUAUUCAUUUAGAGAAAAAAAAAAAUCUGGGCAGAGAGAAAAGAUUUAUGGAAAUAAUUUCCAUUUUACAUUUGUAUUAGAAAGUUGUUCACACUGAUUUUAUUGCGAGAAAGCUGGUUUGAAUUAUUCAGAAUUAAUUAAUAUUCAGUGUUAAACAAAAAACAGUGUUCCAGGAGAAUCUUGAGAACAGUUUAGUUAACAAAAAGCCUGAACCAACAACUCACAGACAGCAAUGAUGUGGACAUUUUUUGUCUCUAAAGUAACAAAUCACAUUCCCAUCACUGUCAUUUUCCUGGAGAUGUGGCACUUUCCCAUAGCAAGGCAUCAAAAGCCUGUGGCACAAUUAUUUUGGAGACACUGCUGAAGUCCACAGAAGCUGAAAGGUGAUUGCUUAUUUGGAAGAGAUGUGGCCACUUAGAGCAAGAAAUGUCUAAUUUAAAUUAGACAGGGGGCAAUUCAGGGGAAUUUAAAUGCCCCUGAAUUGUUCUGCCUCCCAUGGAAUUCCCACAAUAAGAUACAACACAAAUGGGUAAAUUUAUUAAAAAAUACUUGACUUCUGUUAUUUGCUCACUGUGUAGACCAACAGACAAAGUUUCUAAGCAGACAGAUGAACUCAAACUGAUGUUAAGACUUAACAAAACUUCAAAAACUUGUCAUUCUGGUUUUAGAAAUGUUAGCAGCUGUCAGUUCUGACCGUCAGGAAUGGCCAAAUCCCAAUUUAUACAAAGUCAUGGGCAAAAGAGCAAGCAGCAACACGACUCUGUGCCUGACAGCUGACCAGUUAGGGAAUUCCAGAGGUGACUGUGCUCCUCCUGGUGUAUCAGUCACAUAAUAUUGCAAAACUUUAUCCUCAAGUAAAUGCAUAUAAUUAGGUAGUGCACGGUUAUUUCUAUCAGAUGUAAAACACUUCUCCAAAUUAUUUUGGGAUACAGAAUGCCACCAUCAUUAAAGUCAAUGCCCAGCAGGUAUUAAUAUAUGUACUGCAGAGGUUUGUCCCAGGGCCACACUUCUCAAAUGUCCCUCCCCAGAGGAAA